CAUAAUAAACCACUCUCCAUUCAGAUGACCUCAAAAGUCCCUAUCCCCAUUCACUUAGAGGAUACGUCCUGUACCAUCGACACCAGACUCAUUCUCCAGAGUUCAUGCCUGGAGCACUGGGUCCUUUAAUUGGAAUUCUUUUAUGCGGCAGGGAGCCUGCCAGGAAUGAAAAAGAGAAGGCGAAAGAGUGGGCGGCUGCAGAAGGCAGGGCCAUCCCAAGAGCCUGGACCCUGAAGGCUCCAGCGUGAGGAUCCCUUCUGGCUACUUUCCUCGGUGGUUGACGCUUCUGCUUGGGGCUGCCAGGCAAGUACUGUGGCAGAAUGUGUGGCAAGUUCCUGAGGCAGCUGUUGGCUAAGGAGAGCCAGCAUUCCACCCCCGUGGGGCGCUUCCUGCUUCCGGUGCUGAUGGGAUUCCGCCUCCUGCUUCUGGUUUCCAGUGGACCUGGGGUCUUCGGUGAUGAUGAGAGCGAAUUCAUGUGCCAUUUAGGGCAACCAGACUGCAAGACCAUUUGUUAUGAUGUCUUCCGCCCCCUUUCUCCACUGCGCUUCUGGGCCUUCCAAGUCAUCUUGAUGGCUGUACCCAGUGUGGUUUAUGUGGGUUUCACUAUGUAUCAUGUGAUUGGAUACUGGGAGGAACCAGACAAAGGGAACAAGGAACAAGAGUCCCGGAUUUGCAAGGGGGACCGCAGUAAGGAUGUCUCAGGGACUGGAAGCCUCAAGCUUCUUUGGGCCUAUGUGGCACAACUUGGGGCACGGCUGGUCCUUGAGGGAGCAGCCUUGGGACUUCAAUACCAUCUGUAUGGCUUCAAGAUGCCCAGCACUUUUCAAUGUCGUGAGGAUCCUUGUAUCGGCAGCACAACUUGUUUCCAGUCGCACCCCUCCGAGAAGACCAUCCUCCUCAACACCAUGUUUGGGAUUAGUGGGGCCUGUCUCUUGUUUACUUCCUUGGAGCUUGUACUUUUGGGUUUAGGGAGGUUUUGGAGGAUGUACAAGGACAAACUCCCCCUUUUAAAGAACCUGCCAACCUCAAAGAACUCUGUAAGGUGCAAGGACCCAGCUGAUGACUUGACAGUGGUGGAGACGAAAGAACCGUUUUGAGAAGCAGAGUUUUAAAGUUACCUGGCUUGCUUGAAGAAAACCCUGUGACUGGAUCUUCCUCCAUACAUCCAGUGAGAUGGCACAGUGGGUAAAGACACUUGUCACCAAGCCUCAUGAUCUGAGAUCAGUCUCCAGAACCCACAUGGAGAAGGGAGAAAACCAACCCCCCACGAGAUGUCCUCUGACUUCCAUAUCCAUACCAUGGCACGCACGCACACACACGCGCAUACAUACACACACACAUGAUAAUAAAUAAAAUAAUAACAUCUCAGUAAAUAAAACAAAAACUCCUGCAACAUUAGCUAUUAUUUCUGACUUCUUCUCUCUCCUGUCUUUCCACUAAACAUAAGCAACCACAACCUACUUUCUAUUCUAAUGGCUUAUCUUAGCCUGGAGUUUUAUAGAGAUGGAAUCAUACAACGUGUUUAUUGGCUGCUUGUAUAUCUUUGUAAAAAAGACCAAGUCCUUUGUCAAUUAAAAUCAGGUUACUUUUUGUUGUUGUUUUGCAUUGUAAGAACUUUUUAUAUAUAAUGAUUAUUAGAUACUUAUCUAAUUAUUUUAAAUGGGUCAUUUAAAAAUAUUCUCUUCCAUUCCAUGGGUUGUCUUUCAUUUUUUUCUGAGUAAUGUUCUUUUAAUAUUAUUCUUUGAUACUUUCAUACAUGUAUAUGGUGCAUUUUGAUCAUAACCCUAUCUAACUUCUCCUGGAUCCCCCAUCGUGUUCCCAUCCUGAUUUCAUGUCCUCUUUUUUGUCUAUAACUCACCGAGUACAAAAUUAGUGCUACUCAAACGUGCAUAGGUAUGAAGCCAUCUACCAGAACAUGGUCAGCCGGCCAGAUGACACACCUGUGAAGAACAUGACUCUUCCUCCACCAGCAUCUAUCAACUGCUAAUGGCUCCUCAGCUGCGGAUAGUCCAUCGCUCAGCCAUGCUGGAAUGAUGAGUGCUGGGAACCCGUGAAGGCAACCGCUGCUUCUGCGAGGUCACGAGUGUAACGUCCCUACCAUGUUAAGAAGAUGUUGUCUCAUAGCAGACCUCUCAGAGCUCUGCUUUUUAAACCUUGCUUUCUCACUUCUCUGCUGUCACCCAAGCUUUGGGGGCAAGGGUGUGAUAUGGAUGUCUCAUUUGGGGCUGAGUACUCCACACUCGUUGUCUGCAUUUUGGUAAGCUAUGAGUCUGUUAUGGGACACUGUCCACUGCAAAAAAAAGUGUUUCUCUGGUGGGGAGUGUGAAUCUAUGGGUAUAGAGAAUUAUUUAGAAGAUCAUUUGAUACUAUUGUAAUUUAUCAAACUAAUAGUAAUAGGCUUUUCUUUAGGUCCUAUGAGCUCCGCAGGAUGGUUUCUUGGCUAGGUUUAUAAUAUCAGGCUUGAGUUUCUUCCUGUGGAGUGCAUCCUUAAGCCAAUCAGAAAGCAGUUUGUUACUCCCACACCAUCUACACCACUGUUGCCUGCCUAGGUAUGUCUUGUGAGGCUGAUGGCGGUAACUCACAGGCUUCAUACCUAAGUUGGUAUGGGAAGUCCUUCUGUAUAUGUGCUUCUUUUAUCGGUUAAUGAAUAAAGAAGCUGGCUUGGCCUGUGAUAGGGCAGAGUAGAGUUAGGCUGAGAAAACUAAACUGAAUGCUGGGAGAAAGA